GAGUCCCUGGGGUUCGACCCGGCCGACGAGGACUUCGGCGCCGAGCAGAAGCUGGACGUGCUCCUCAAGGACCUCACGCUCGUGGGCCUCGUGGCCAACAUGGACCCCGCCCGCAAGGGCGUCGACCAGGCAGUCCUCGACGCCCACGGCGGCCACCUCCGUGUGAUCAUGAUCACGGGCGACUACCUCAAGACGGCGGUGGCGAUCGCGAAGAGCAUCAACAUCCUGGCGGCAUCCGAUGACGAGAGCAAGGCAGUCGACUGCGGUUCGCUCCGCCCCGACGGCAAGAAUUACGUCACCGAUGCGGCAAUAGAUAGCAUGACCAGGAAGAUGUGCGUCUUCGCGCGCGCGCAGCCGGAGGACAAGCUCCAGAUCGUGCGGUCCCUGCAGCGCCAGGGCAAGGUGAGCGCGAUGACCGGCGACGGCGUCAAUGACGCCCCGGCCCUGAAUGCGGCGGAGAUCGGUGUGGCGAUGGGGAUCCAGGGCACGGAGGUCGCCAAGGGCGCUUCGGACAUGAUCCUGACGGACGACAACUUCGUCUCCAUCGUGGGCGCGGUCGAGAAGGGGCGUGUCAUCUACGCGGGCAUUCAAAAGUUCGUGGCCUUCAUUAUGUCUGUACACAUCGCCGAGGUCAUGCAGAUAUUCUUCUGCGUUGUGGCCGCCUUCCCGCUCAUGCGGUCCCCCGUGCAGAUAUUGUUCCUCAUCUUGGUCACGGACUUGCCGCCUUCCGUCGCGCUGGGCAUGGAGCCCGGACAGCCAGGCAUCCUGAAGGAAUGGCCGCGGCCUCGCGACCAGAACAUCAUCUUGAUGUGGAUGUGGAUGAGCAUAAUCAUCAACGGCGCCAUCCUCUCGUUCGUGAUCAUCUUGGUCUUCGUGUGGGCCCUGAACCAUUAUGUGGGCCUCUUCAACGCCAUCGACAUCGCAAACGCCAUCAACGAGGAGACGUUCGAGGCGGACGACCCAGAGUCUCUGAGCUACAAGUUGCAGCAGGCGCAGACCGUCGCGUUCAUCUCGCUCGUGUGGGCUGAGAACGUGCGCGCCUACGUCUCCCGCUCCUUCGACAAACCCGUGUGGGUGGGACUCCUCGACAACAAAAAGAUGCAGUACUCCAUCCUUUCCGCGCAGAUCGCGCUGUACUGCGCGAUCUUCAUCCCGUACGUGUCGGACGCAAUCCUCGGCCUACGCGGCGCCGCGAUCGGCUGGGAGGGCUGGGUUGCGGCAUUCUUCGGGGCCUUGGGCUGCCUCGUGCUCUGCGAGGUGUUCAAGAUCUUGACAGGGAAGCAGAAGAAGAUGUUCGACGAGUCCGAAAGAUUAAGAUGCGAAGAGGAAGAGAAGAAGCGAGCGAUGAUGACCGAUGCGGACGCGAAGAAGGACGCGCCGAUGACCUCCGUCGCGCCCGCGCCCGCGCCAGCAGCCGCGGCCGCAGAGCCAGCGGCGCAGGAGAUUGGGCGGAGCAGCGAUAAGGAG